AUGGGGACCCGCGCGCUCCCGGCCGGUGACACCGGGGCCUUUCUCUUCCCAGCUCUCCUGCUGGCUGUGAGGAUCAACACCAAGGGCCGGGAGGUGCUGUACCUGGCCAAGGGUGACUCCGUGAAGCUGGGCUGCCCCUACGUCCUCGAGCCCGAAGACAACGGUCCCCAGGACCUGGGCAUCGAGUGGAUCCAGAUCACGCCAGAGCGGCCCGGCCCGGAGAACGUGUUCCUGUCCUACCACGACCACCACGUGAACUACGGCAGCGGCUCCGGGCUGCAGAACCGCGUGGCCUUCGUGCAGAACGACCCCAGCCAGUACGACGCCUCCAUCCGCCUGGCCGACCUGCAGGUCUCCGACACGGGCACCUACCAGUGCCGGGUGAAGAAGAACACCGUAGCCGUGCACGAAGUCAUCGUCACCGUGCAAGAGAAACCGGCCACCCCGCAGUGCUGGAUCGAGGGCGAGGUGACGGAGGGCAGCAGCAUCCUGCUGCGCUGCUACAGCCGGGGAGGGACCAGCCCCCUCGUCUACCAGUGGGCCAAGCAGUCCGAUGGCUACG